AUGGCCAUUGCUGGACCUCUGCAGAGCAACAACAAUGGUCGUCUUAAUGAAGUAGAUCCAGGGGGAGUAUUUAGGUGCAACAACGACAUUUUAAAUGAAUUGAAAGACCAAAUUCCGACCCUGCAGAAGUAUGGCAUCACCCACUACAAGAUCCAGCUGUCUGUGAACUCUGUAACCUUCAAGGGCAAGGACGAGGGACAACUGCAGUGUUACAGGACCCUUCUCCAGGAACUGCAGGGAGCCAGCAUUAAACCAAUUGUGAUCUUACAUGACAGUGACCUCAACAGACUUUUUGAAGUUGGCACCCAGACUGGCACCAGCCCUGUUGAUGCCUAUGCAGAAUAUGCUAAAUUUGCAUUUCAUUCCUUUGGGGAUUUGGUCCAAACCUGGAUAACAUUUGAUGUUCCUGCAGAUGUAACAGAUUCACAAACCCUGCAGGUUCUGCUGGACGCCCAUGAGAGAGUGUAUGCGCUAUAUCACCAGAAGUACCCUGCUGGAGACAAACCUGAACUCCUCAGACAAGAACGGGGACCCUCUGAUAUGGAGAAAUACUUUAAUAAGAAGUCUGCAGCUCCGGCCUCAGAAAGGGCCAAGAUGGCGCCGCGGGACCCUAAAGAGGGCAUGGAUGAAACGGAGAGAGCUGACAGCCCGUCCACGGAGGGCUCCCAGGGAUCGCAAGCUGAAGCCCCAGAGCCUAUCUCUAAGAGGUUCUUGCAGCAGGCGCUUUCGUCAGCCUUAUUACCAGUGAUGCAGGAGCUCACCGAAAUAAAGGGGGACGUUAAGCACAUCGGCAACAGAGUUGAGAGGCUUGAGAAUACACAAGGGGCUAUCUUGGAUUAUGCCCGAACGAUCGGAGACAACUGUGCUGCAUAUGCAUCCUCCCUGGACCGAGCCUACGGGCUGAUCGAGGAUCAGGAGAACAGAAGUAGGCGUAAAAAUGUGCGCAUCAGAGGCCUGCCUGAAUCGGUGCCCCAUGAGGAGUUACCUGAAGCAGCGUCCGCCAUCUUUUCUUCACUGUUAGGAGCCGCCAGCGCUUCUGCCAUUACAAUUGAGCGCAUUCACCGCUCCCUGAGACCCAAACCCAGAGAUGGGGAACCCCCUCGUGAUGUGGUCUGCGGACUUCUGCGUUAUGUAGACACUGCAGCGAUUUUUAAAGCUGCCAGAGAAAGAGGGGAACUGAAACACGCAGGUUCCAAAAUUCUGCUAUUCCAGGAUCUCGCGCCCUCGACAUUGAGUAAAAGGAGAGCACUACGUCCUGUAGCAGAGAUUCUUUGGCUGAGCAAGACACCAUUCAAGUGGCUAUUUCCAUUUGGCCUAACGUUCUCUAAGGACAGCAAGAGGUGCACGAUCCGGACCCCCAGUGAUUUGCCGGCGGCGUGGGAGCUGCUCAACACCACACCACAGGACAUUCCAUCAUGGCUGCCAUCGGCAGACACUGGCGUCCCGCUUCCAGAACUCCCGGACAACUCCAGGUGGUCUGGACACCGGUUCAUCAGCUCUCAUGCCAAGGCGUCCAGGGGAGCGGGGAUAGCCAUCUCCAAAAACGUUCCCUUUUCCCUUAUUGCAUCUCUGACUGACCCGGAGGGACGUUAUAUCUUUGUGAAGGGGAAGGAAACAGUUGAUUUUCUUGCAUUGAACGUACGAUAUGACUGCCAUGAUGGGGAUCAGCUGCCAAAGUGGAUUGCAAAUCUGGACAUCAGGAAGGGUCUGGAGAUGUUGGUUUUCAGCGUAGCCCUAAAGGACUGCGGCUCCACAGACGAGAAAUAUCUCCCUGCCUUUAAAAUGCUUAAAGAUGGUUGCGAGAGUGUUUUCCCCAGUGCAGUCGGCAGCACCUCGCUCCAUUCUCUGCUUGCCUCCCUCUGCAUGGUGUGGGUUGAGGUUGAGGCAGCAGAGACGCGCGCUAUAGCGGAGGCGCAGGCGCGAGAUGAUACUGGGGAAUCGCGACGUCUCGCGCAUGCGCACUCCCGCUGGCGCGUCCCGGAAGUAUUUAACUCCGUGGCACAGUUACCAUGGGCGCUCGCCAGGACGCUACUCCCACUGCUUGCCGAGAUGUCUGCCUCCCCAGAGGAAUCUCUUAAGAGAAAAAGAAAAUCCAGACACCGCUCCUGCAGGAAUUGUGAACAACCUAUGCCAGAUGAUGCGUUUUCUGAUCUGUGUCAGGGCUGCACUUCUGAGUCUCCUCCCUCCCAGAAUAAUGACUUUCUGCUCUGGUUUAAGGAUCAGCUAUCAUCUGUUUUUAAUGAAGUCAGAGCCUCCAAUAAAAAAACCAAAAAAUCUCAUGGAACCUCAGAACCACAGUUUGCCUUAUCCUCUGACAGUUCCUUGUCUGAGGGAGAGAUAGACUCAGAUUCUGAGGAUAUGGAGGACACUAUGCUGUUCCAUAAGGAGAACCUAGGGGAUCUUCUCAAAGCAGUCAAGCACACUAUUGAAUCUAGUAGAGAUAUUUCUAAUAAGUCAAAAUGUGACAAGCUGUUUUACUUUCCUAAAUCAGGAUGCAAAGCUUUUCCAGGGCACCCGCUGCUCAAUGAUUGGCUAAGGCAGGAUUGGGAUAAACCGGAUAAGAAACCGGAUCCCAGUUCCAGAUUCAAACAUACAUAUAAAUUAGCGGACGACACAUGUAAAGAUUGGAUGUCAGUCCCUAAAGUAGACCUUCCAGUGGCCAGAUUGUCAAGGAGGGCGCUUUUUCCUUCUGAGGAGACUUCCUUGAUCAAGGAUCCAGUAGACAAGAAGGCGGAGUCUUUUUUGAAAAAAGCAUAUUCGUCCACUUCUUCUUCUUGUCCCACGUCCUUGUUUGGCCCUCAGUUGGAAAAAAUUCUGGAGUCAUUAAAUGACAGCAAGACUGCUAAAUUCCCAGAAACAAGAAGGAAGCCUUCCAGAUCUUUUCGUUUCCAGAGAAGAAGAUCUCCUAGAUUUCGGAACAAACAGCAGUUUGACAGACAAAGAAGAUUCCGUAACAACAGACAGGAGAGACUUGACUUCAGGAAAAAGAUAAGAAGCCCGCAGAACAAUGACGCCAGGCCUCAGCCCCGGGUAGGAGCAAGAUUAAAAGAAUUCACCGCAGCGUGGAAGAACACGUCAAACGACGCCUGGGUCAUUUCCACUAUCCAGAGAGGUUAUGUCCUGGAAUUUUCAAAAAUCCCUCCAGACCGGUUUCUUAUAAACCAGACAAAUCCAGUGAUCCUUCAACUGUUAGAAGAAUUCACAGAGAAGGCAGCAUUGGAGCCAGUCCCUUAUAUGGAAGCGGGCAAAGGCGUUUAUUCCAAGGUUUUCCCGGUACCCAAACCAGGGAACAAGUGGAGGCUAGUAGUGGAUCUAACAUACCUAAACAAGUAUAUUGCCAAGAAGAGGUUCAGAAUGGAAUCAAUCCGAUCGGUGAUCUCGCUAUUAGAGGAGAACAGCUACAUGGCAUCAGUAGAUCUCCAAGAUGCGUAUUUACACAUUCCAAUCCUUCCCAAGCAUCGGAAGUAUCUAAGAAUAGCGAUUCGAACUCAAUACAGAACAUCGCAUCUUCAGUUCACCUGUUUACCCUUCGAGAUAUCAUCGGCACCCAGGGUGUUCUCAAAAGUAGCAGUGGUCCUGACAGAAGCAUUGCACCUCAAAGGCAUAUGUUGCAUACCGUAUCUAGACGACUGGCUUCUGAUAGCAAACUCUGCAGCUCAACUAUCAACAGAUUUGAAAGAAGCUCUACUAAUGCUCCAGAAUCAUGGGUUCCUGGUAAAUCACAAAAAAUCUCAACUUGUUCCUUCUCAGGAGAUAAAGUUUCUGGGAUUCAUUCUGAAUUCAAAGAAAAUGAAUGUCAGGUUAUCCGCAGAAAGGAUAAUAGCUAUCCAGAAACAGGCCUCACACCUGAUCUCUGCCCCCAGAGUAACAUUUCGGCAGGCCAUGUCUCUACUGGGUCGGUUAACUUCCUCAGUGGAUGCAGUUCCAUGGGCAAGAGCUCACUUCAGAGAGCUACAACAUGCCAUCCUCACAGCGUGGGACAAGAGUUAUCACUCCCUGGACAGGAAGUUUGUGAUACCAGUAUCGACGCGUCGUCAUCUCAGGUGGUGGAUGUCACCCAAACGCCUUCAACAAGGCAGAAGUCUGCAAUCCCAAACCCAGAUUCACCUCACUACGGAUGCCUCCUCCUGGGGCUGGGGUGCCCAUGUCGACAGUCUGUGGGUGCAGAGGAAGUGGAACACAGCAGAUUCCAAAAGGUCCUCCAACUGGAGGGAGCUAAAGGCGGUACACCUAGCCUUAAUUCAUUUCCAGGAUCAUCUGAAGAGCCGCAGUGUCCUAAUCCGGUCAGACAACAUCUCCACGGUGUACUACAUAAACAAACAGGGAGGGACAAGAAACAGCAGUCUCUCCAGGGAAUGCAGUCUUCUGAUGGCUUGGGCCGAAGUAUGGACCCAAGAAAUAACAGCACUCCAUAUAAAGGGUGCAUUGAAUGUCAUGGCCGACCUACUCAGUCGCAAGAAGAUGCAUCCGGGAGAAUGGAGUCUCAAUCCGGCUGUGUUUGCAGAGAUCGAGAAUUGGUGGGGAGAACCUCGUAUGGAUGUAAUGGCAACGGAACAGAACAGAAAGACCAAAAUAUUCUGUUCCAUUUACCGCUCCGCUCAAGCAUUUGCGAUCGACGGUUUAUCAGUCAGCUGGAAAGAAGGUCUAAUAUACAUCUUUCCACCAGUUCCAAUGAUCUCAAAGGUACUCAAGAAGAUUCAGCAGGACCAAGCAGAAGCAAUUGUGGUCCUACCUUAUUGGCCACGAAGAACGUGGGAGUAUUCAGCAAGAACAUCUCGCUCGGCCUUUACCACCGUAUGGGAGAGAUUUGCCGGCCAGACACCAGCAGAGCGAGACGUCUUCUUGCAUGAGACCUUCCCCAAUGGUUUCCUGAUGGGCUCCUCCUCUGCAGCCUUCAAAGUAGAAGGAGGCUGGUCCGAGGGAGAUAAAGGACAAUCUAUAUGGGACGUUUUUGGACAACAUGGUCAAGCUGAUGACAAUGCAACAGCCAAUGUGGCCUGCGACAGCUACCACAAGAUUGACUAUGAUGUGUAUCUUCUGAAGGGCCUACAGUCCAAGGUCUAUCACUUCUCCAUCUCCUGGUCCAGAAUAUUCCCAACAGGACUGAAAUCCAAAGUCAACUCAGCAGGCGUGAAAUAUUACAACAGAUUAAUUGACCGGUUAAUCAAAGAAAAUAUCAAACCAAUGGUAACUUUGUAUCACUGGGAUCUACCCCAAGCUCUGCAGGAGUCCGGGGGCUGGCAGAAUGAAUCCACCAGUCAGGCUUUUAUGGAAUACGCAGAUUUCUGCUUCAGCACUUUUGGAGAUAGAGUUAAACAUUGGAUAACGUUUCAUGAACCUUGGGUCGUUAGUUACGCGGGUUAUGGCACUGGACAACAUGCCCCCGGGAUCAAAGAUCCAGGAAAUGCCUCCUUCAAGGUGUCACACAACAUUGUGAAAGCUCACGCUAAGGCCUGGCAUGUUUACAAUGACAAGUACCGGGCCUCGCAGCAAGGUCAGGUAGGAAUCUCUCUGAAUUCAGACUGGGCAGAACCAAAAGACCCAAAUAAUCCUAAUGACGUGAGCGCUGCAGAGCGAUAUCUCCAGUUCAUGCUUGGGUGGUUCGCACAUCCAAUUCUUGUCAAUGGGGACUACCCAGAGGUCCUGAAGACACAGGUCCAACACAUAAAUACCCAGUGCUCUACUACAGUGGCUGAGUUGCCAGCAUUUUCUGAGGAAGAGAAAGCCUACAUCAAUGGCACUGCAGACUUCCUUGGCAUCUCCCACUAUACAUCCCGAAUGGUCAAUGCCUCUGAAAGCCCUAGCUGUGUAGCCAAUUAUGAUAACAUUGGAGGAUUUGCACCCCAUGUGGAUCCUUCAUGGCCGACCACCUCAUCUCCAUGGCUCUAUGUGGUGCCAUGGGGUCUCAGGAGGCUUCUGAACUAUGUCAAGGAAGAAUAUGUAAAAGGAGGACUACCCAUAUAUAUAACUGGGAAUGGUAUGCCAACACCCUACACUGGAGAGGUGUUCAAUGACACAGCUCGAGUGGAGUACUUGACAGCAUAUAUCAAUGAAGCCGUAAAAGCUGUCAAGACCGAUAACGUGUCUGUAAAUUCAUAUAUAGUCCGAUCCUUGCUGGACAGCUUUGAGGGACCACAGGGAUACCACCAAAGAUAUGGUUUACAUUAUGUUAAUUUUGUAGACGCAAACAGGCAAAGGACCCCCAAACAAUCAGCCUUUCUUCUCUCGAAUAUCAUCAAAAAUAACGGUUUUCCAAUAACAAAGCAAACUAAGAUAGGUUCUUCAAGCUUAAGAUGGUCAAAUUCGAGAAAGUUGCCCCCUCUUCCAGCAUCAAAAGUGCCUUCAUCUUCGAAAGUUGUAUGGGAAAAAUUUUCAGGGCAAACUGCUUUUGAAAGGGACAUGUACCAUUACGCAACAUUUCCCGAAGAUUUCAGAUGGGGCGUCUCGACCUCGGCUUAUCAGAUUGAAGGGGCAUGGAAUGAAGAUGGGAAAGGACUAAGUACUUGGGACACAUUCUCACAUGCCGGAAAUAUUGUUGAUGGUUCGAAUGGGGACAUUGCCUGUGAUAGUUACCACCAGUUGGAUGCAGACUUGUACAUGUUGAGAAGUCUAGGGGUGAACAGUUACCGCUUUUCCAUCUCGUGGCCUCGAAUCUUCCCAAAUGGACAGGGCACAGUCAAUACUAAGGGCGUGGAGUAUUAUAACAAGCUUAUUGAUGGCCUAUUGGCAAACAACAUCUCACCAAUGGUGACUCUUUACCACUUUGAUCUUCCUCAGGCUCUCCAAGACUUGGGUGGGUGGGAGAAUGAUACAGUCCUCGAGGCUUUUCACAACUACGCAGACUAUUGUUUUACAAUAUUCGGAGAUAGGGUCAAGUUUUGGAUGACUUUCAACCAACCCCACGCGAUAGUAACUGCUGGUUAUGGGAUUGGUGUGUUCCCACCUGAAGUGAAGAAUGACCCUGGCUCAGCUCCAUACAGAGUAGCUCACAAUCUGCUCAAAAUCCAUGCCAAGGUUUAUCAUACGUACCAUGAGAAGUACAGAGCAAACCAAGGUGGCGUAAUCUCUAUAACUCUUAACACAGAUUGGGUGGAACCUAAAGACCACACUGACUCACGGGACAUAGAAGCUGCUGACCGCUACCUACAGCUAACAUUGGGAUGGUUUGCACACCCCAUAUUCAAAAAUGGUGACUACCCAGAGGCGAUGAAAUGGCAGGUGGCCAAUAAGAGUGAGCUACAAGGCUUCCAAUCUUCUAGACUUCCAACUUUUACAGAUGAGGAGAAGGCCUACAUCCAAGGGACAGCAGACAUUUUCUCCAUAAACAUCUACGCCUCAAAAAUAGUUCAGCAUAAAACUCUUAGGCUCAGUCCACCAUCUUUUGAAACUGAUCUUGAUAUUGCAGAAGAGUAUCCUGCUAACUGGCCAACAUCAGCCAUUACACAGCACAGACCAGUAGCCUGGGGACUGAGGAGGCUGCUCAACUGGGUGAAGGAAGAGUAUGGAGAUGUCUCUAUAUACAUCACUGAAAAUGGUGUUUCAACAAAUAGUAACGAUGAUUUUGAUGAUACGAACCGAAUAUUUUACUAUAAAACCUAUAUCGAUGAGGCUUUGAAAGCUCACAGUCUAGAUGGGGUAAAUCUUAAAGGUUACACAGCCUGGGCCCUCAUGGACAACUUUGAAUGGAAUUCAGGAUACAGUGUACGUUUUGGUCUGCACCAUGUGGAUUUCACGAAUCCCACCCGUCCAAGGACCGCCAAACGAUCUGCCAUAUAUUACUCAGAGGUCAUAAGGAGCAAUGGUAUCCCAUUACAGAAGGAGGAUGAGUUUCUAUAUGGAGAGUUCCGUCCCAACUUUGCAUGGAGCGUGGCCUCUGCAGCUUAUCAGAUUGAAGGAGCAUGGAGGACGGAAGGGAAAGGCCUGAGCAUCUGGGACAAGUACACACAUUCAAUAGGUAGAAUCGCGAAUGAUGAAAACGGCGACGUGGCCUGUGACAGCUACCACCGAAUAGACCAGGAUGUGGCGCUUCUCAAAAACCUUACAGUCACGCACUACCGCUUUUCUAUCUCAUGGCCCCGGGUCCUCCCCGACGGAACGCGAAGCUACGUGAACCAAGCCGGACUCAAUUACUACAGCAAACUGAUUGACGCUCUCUUGGCUGCUAAUAUCCAGCCUCAGGUGACGAUUUAUCACUGGGAUCUUCCUCAAUCCUUACAAGACGUUGGAGGAUGGGAAAACGAGACAAUAGUGGAAAGGUUUAAAGAUUACGCCGAUCUUCUCUUUGAUAGACUCGGGGACAGAGUCAAGUUCUGGAUCACUCUGAACGAGCCGUACAUCAUUGCUAAUUUGGGGUACGGUUAUGGAACAGCAGCUCCAGGAAUUUAUAAUAGGCCCGGGAUUGGACCUUAUGAAGUGGGACAUAAUCUCAUCAAGGCCCACGCUGAGGCUUGGCACCUCUACAACAGCACCUACAGAGCAAAACAAGGAGGCCUCAUUUCCAUCACCAUUAACUCUGACUGGGCUGAACCAAGAAACCCCUACAAACAGGAAGAUAUAGAUGCAGCCCGGAGAUAUAUGAUGUUUUACGGAGGAUGGUUUGCAAAUCCAAUUUUCAACAAUGGAGAUUACAAUGAGAUCAUGAAGUCGAGGGUUUUGGAGAGGAGUCUCGCACAAGGACUGCCAAAAUCUCGACUUCCUGAAUUCACAGAACAGCAGAAGAAAAGAAUUAAAGGCACAUACGACUUUUUUGGCUUCAAUCAUUACACCACAACCUUGACCUCUCCCCUCAACUUCCGUGAGUCUGUACAGUCCUAUGAUGCAGACAGGGGUGUAGCCUCGAUGGCUGACCGCACCUGGCUCGGAUCGGGCUCCAUUUGGCUGAAAGUGACUCCUUUUGGCUUCCGGAGGAUACUGAACUGGAUAAAAGAAGAGUUUAACAACCCUCCCAUCUAUGUGACGGAGAACGGGAUUUCUGAGCGGGGGACGGAUCUGAACGACGUCUGGAGGGAACAUUACUUCAAGCUCUACGUCAAUGAGGCGUUAAAAGCGGCCACGUAUGAUGGGGUGGAUCUUCGCGGUUACACAGCCUGGUGCCUCAUGGAUAAUUUUGAGUGGGCGGCAGGAUACGCCGAGCGGUUUGGUUUCUAUUACACCAAUUACACCGAUCCCAAUCUGACUCGCAUCCCAAAAGAGUCCUCCAAGUAUUACAGGCAACUCAUCCGGUGCAACGGAUUCCCGGACCCCAAAAACGUCUCUCAUCCCUGCCUCCAGCCGGAGCCUGAAGGGACGACCCCUCAGGCAGGAAUAACAUCUGAACCCGCUCCUACUGACAGCCCUGAAAGUGUCUCCUUCCUGGGAAUGCAGAUCUCUACAUCUGACGCGAUGGUCGCUCUGUACGUGGAGUUCGCUCUUCUCCUCGCUGCCGUUCUAGGAAUCAUUUUAUUCUCAGUCCUGUACAGUAAACUGCGCAAGAAGUUAAAACUUGCAGAAUUGUUUUAG